AUGCCUAUUCGCCAUUUCGAUAUUUUCACGGCGGAACGUCGAUUGAUACAGACAUCAGCAGUGACCCAGCUCAAAGACACACGAUUAGGCAUCGAUGGUAACUAUUGGCUUCGCAAAAUUGUGCUCAAGGAAAACACAGUUGCUGCCAUGGGCGGUUUGCCAUUGAGGCUAACAGCAUCCAUCGAAAAAGAGUUGGAAGGAUUCAAGGCAAGUGGCAUUCAACCGAUUUUCGUCUUUUCAGGUCUCUCGAUUUUACGCAAGGAUAAGCCCUUUUCAACAGAGGAUUCUCGUCCUAGUCAUCGUGCCGCAGGUUGGGAUUUUUAUGAUCGAGGAAAAUUGGAUUUGGCCCUGAGUAAUUGGGCUAGCAGUAGUGGAAUACAUUCAGCCGAGUUACUGAAUACCGUUCUUUCGAUUUUAAACAAGCACCACAUUGAAUUCAUUCGUGCACCUUAUUCUUCAUGGGCUCAGCUAGCGUAUAUGUACACCCAUCCAAAACAACUCGUGAAUGCGGUCUGUGGUGGCUCAGAGUUACUGAUGUGGGAUAUCGACAAGAUGAUAACAAGCAUUGAAUUCGAAAAAGGAAAUUACCAUUGGGUCAGCAAAAGAACAGUGCUCCAAGAUCUACAUGUAUCUGACGAGCAGUUCUUGGAUAUCUGUAUCUUGGCUGGAUUCGAGUAUUGUCCUACUUUUCCUCCUCUUAGUACAUCGCACGUCAGCUUUACUUUUAAUGGUGUUCACGAUCUGAUCAAACAACACAAGACUGGAUUCAACGCAGUGCAAGCAUUUUCAGACAACCCAACCGUUUCAAAGACCAACUACAUUGACACUUUCUGUCGUACACGCUGUGCCGUCAAAUACCACCUAGUGAUUCACGAUGAUGGAGAAGUCAAACCACUCAACAUUGACAAUGCACCCAACGACAUUCACGAAUUUAUUGGCUACCGCCUGCCUGAUGAAUUGUAUUACUACCUGAUGCGAGGUUUAAUUGGACCUCAAUCCAUCAAUAGUCUUGUCUCUGGUGUGUUGAUUGAAAGUGCUCCUUUAGAUAACGGCGAAUCCAUCGAAUAUCAAAACUUCCUGACUCAAUUGCUCAACAUGCGCACACAGACACUCAGCUUAUUGACGCAACCACUUCAUCCUUUCUACAAAACUCGUAAAAUUGCGAGCUAUUUCUGGUUUGAACCUACUGUGGAACAAAUCAUGCAUCACCAGCCUACAGAGGGAAACGCUACCACUCGAGUCGAUGCUACAGCUCUGAAUACGAUAUACGAAAAGACCAGUUCCUGGAAUGUGACCAAUGAAUUUGUUGAAGCAGAAUUAAAGCACCAAAAGACAUCUGUCAUUGAUAUUCAAUUCUGUAUUCAUGCCGUUGAGAAUGAAACAAAAGCUCAGAAAACCAUCACUCAACCUCAUCCCGAACAACCACUGGUCGAUAAGAACGAGAUUGUGGCCAAUGUGUUAUGGAAGACACUAGAGAUCAGAGAUUUCUUGACAUCAUCCAAGCACAUUUAUACACCAUGGGGCCAAGCACUCUCUAUGGCCUUAAAGUCCAACAGCAGCCUGCCAACACAGGAAGCCCUUUUGACAGUACUAGAAUUGGUGCGAUUCCAAGUAUUGACAAACAAGGAAUAUAGCAAGACGUACUCUCACCCGCUUGGCGAUGAAUCACAAAAGAAGCACAUCACCCUACUUUCCCGUGCAUUCUCAUUAUUACCCAUGGACCUCAAGAGCGCUCCUUGGUCUGGUCCUUUGAAUCGUGAUUUGUUAGUAUUCAAUAGUUUUGUCAAGGCACUUAAUCGUAGCUACCGAAAUCUAUUGGAAAUGUUGACCUUGUCCUUCUUUUUGAAUGGGCUGGUGCAAAAGGACAGAGACGACUAUUAUCAAAUUGCAGACAGCCUCCCUUACUUGGCAGAUGUAAAUGUUGCUUUAGGUCUUGUUUGCAAGCAUUACUUGGAAAGAACAGUAGAAGGACAAUCUGCGGCGGAAGCAUUAGCAUCAACCGAAAAAGCAUUUCCUACAUGCCAUUCAGUUAAAUCCGAUUUGGAAAAGGGCUUUGCGUUCUGGAAGCAGCUCUACACAGCUAUUGAAUCACUUGACAAGGCAAAAUCCGUUGAAAAGUCCACGUUUGAGAUGUUUCAAGGUGCCAAUGAUUGGCUUCAAAAGGUUAAAUUCUAA